AUGUCGAAUUCGACGGUGAGCCCACAGCUCGUGGAGGCUGCCGCCUACCUUGGAUGUGUCGCUCGCAGUAACCGUGACCCGGACAUGCAAGGGUAUGCAGUCAGGCUUUCUGAUGAGUUAUCAUCGGUUCUUGAUUAUCCUACAGCUAUCCUGGUCAAGUGGUCUCCUGAUGAUGUGACGGAAGCUGUGGGCGUGGUGCUCUUGCAGGUGUACAGUAUCCUGCUCGUCACAUUCAUCGGUAUGGCGCGAGGAAAUCUCUCCAUGGCCGAUGCACAUUUCGCUCUCUCUAUAACCGUCUCUCCUCUCUCCAUCUAUUUCCUAUACUCGACCCUGCGUGUUUGCCUGAAGAAAAGCAAUACUCUUUAUGAUCGCCUUGGAAAAUCCAAAAUCAUGGUCGGCGCCCUCACCACACUUAUGCUUGUUCUUUGGAUCGUCCUGGACCUUCUUAUAUAUUUCGCCAAAGUCUUCGAGGGCGAGACUUGUGCGUCACCCACCUUUAUAGGAUGGGUUUUUCUAUCGAAGGUGAUUCCUUGGCACAGCUUCCGAUGGGUUCAGACGACGUGGUUCGCUCUUCGUUCCUUUUUUGUUUCUCAAUGGUCAGGCUCUAGGAUCGUCAUCACACGCUCACAUCCUUGGACUAUUUUCCUUUGUAUAUCGCUUGCCUACAUGUGCUGGGCUGGGACGCUCAAGAUAUGGAUCGUCGACAUGGAUUUCUACUAUUAUAAGCUUCUUGCCAACUUUCACGAAUCGCUCUCUUAUGAACCACGAAUCAAUUAUGAUCCCCUCGGUUUCGGCCAGGCGAGUAAUUUCUUGCUCCGUAUUCAUUCAAAUUCAUUAAUCCAACAUUCUUAG